UAAUGAGCAAUCUUUUGAAUUUAACCCCGCUAUACGGGUAGACAAGGUUUAGUUUCCAUGGUUUCAGUUAUUAAUUUACAAAGAAAAAUCCUGCAGCCAACUGCAGAAUGUCAAGCAAAGUUGGGACGAAGUCUAUGAAGAGAGCGUCAGCAUCUUCAACCUCCAAGAAAAAAGCAUCAAGUGGUACUCCUGACUCUAUUAAUACACCAACUGCAUCUGGAGCAAGUAUUGGUAUUGAAAAGCCACAAGAAAACGCCAUUGAUGAUGUGUUGGUUGGAGAUGACGUACUGGCAUUGAGGAUAAAAGAGGAAGACCUGAUAAAGGCCCAUAUCCCCAAGCCGCCUAGUAGUUCACCACACAAGAGGAAGGUGGUUGUGAGGAGGUACCAGUCUCCAGCAAGGGAAAGACUUUGUCGUAAAGAAAAAGAAAUUGCUGUGCUCCACCCUUUACCACCUGGAACCACCGUCACUGCUACUAAAACAAUUGGUUCAGUAGAAGGACUGCCUAAAUUUGACCAGAGACGAACGUUCCUGUCUCACAGUGUUUUUGGGCCAGCAAGAGACUUAGACUGUGCAAGAGAGCUCAAGAACCAGCAGGUGAUAGGAUCAACUAGUGUAUUUGUCAAUCCUCCACCGUUAGAAGUGAAAAAACAAUCACACUUGAGCUUUGAGACAACUAUCCUGCCCAGAGAAGAACAUUCUCUCAAGUUUUGGGAUGAGAGUAUGAAACAAAGAAAAAUUCAGCAACGGCUUAUUUCCAACAAAGUACGUUCUGUGCCUGAAAAACUGCUAAUGAACCAAGGGGACGCGUUCAGGAGUAUUCAAGAGGAGAGAAUGGUAAUUGAUAGGACUAUGCCAUCAGUCAACUAUGGAAAAGGAUACCGUGUUGGUAGUGAAUUCUGGAGCCAGCAUGUACAAGUGGGAAGUCAAGAAACUGGAAUUCACACUACUUUAACACGCACUGAGCAAGGAUCGCCACCUGAAUUGGAGUUUGUGGGUGUGUCAGCUGUAGUAGCAAAAAAAAAAGGUUCGGUCAAAAACUUGGACCGAAAUUUUCCUUGUCACUACACUUGGGAUCAAGCCCCAUACCUCUCAACGCGGAGAGAGGAACUAGUCGGCCCUCUAAUGGAUCUGCAUCGGCCUGAGGUUUCUGACAUGGCAGUAGUAGGAAAAGCUUCUGGAUUCGAUAGUCUAACACAGAGAACAAAUUCGCUGGACUCACUAGGAGAGUCAUCUGGUAGUGAUUGUGAAGAAGCACUUGGGAGUAUACUAGGCCUCCAUGCUGAUUUUACCCCUCAGCUCAUCAUUGGCCCUGCUUUGUUAGUAAAUGGUCAGUUACUCCGGUGGGAUGGUCCUCCAUUGCCAACUGUCAAAUACGAACCAUUGAAAGGUUACUCCAGAGCCGUACAAAGUGACGGUGCACUAGAGAGAGUGAAACCACAAUAUUCAUCUAUCUCACUGAGAGACAUGGAUCGGAGUUGUCACACUAUUUCAAUCGACUUCAGGGUGAAUUUCGAGAGCAAUACUGGAGUUAUGGUUACUUCUAAUGUGGAGCUGGAAAAUUGUGGCUCUUCUGCUAUCUACUACUCAUGGCAGCUGUUCCCUAAACGAAACUCAUUGGGAACCAUUCAGGCAGGGGAUACACAAAGGUUUUAUUUCGAUACCAGAGGAGGUGUGUUGCUUCCUGGACAAAAGUUUACCUUACCAUUUAUUUUCAAGUCUCCCAAUCCUGGAAUGUUCUCAGAAACCUGGCUGUUUCAAACAGGCCCAGUACUCGGCCAGGGAAGGCAAGUGGUAUUCACACUGAAAGGUGUUGCUUUCCAAGAUGAUCUAAACAAACUGAAGCGGGAACAGUUAGAGGGAGAAUUAAAGCAUCGUGUGGCAGUACUGGCUGCUGAGAGAUUAAUAAGUAGAAUAGUUGACAGCAUCAGGACACCUCCGCACUCUCUAGAGCCAGUUCAGUCUAUCGAAACAGAAGAAUAUGUUUUCAAAGUUCAAAACCCUGAUUUCUACUACCAUCACGGAGUGGUGACACAACUGAAGAACCUCUACAACUCCUUACUACAACCAGAAUGCGGACUUACAGAGCAGCCUAUUGACGAGCCCUCUACCAGGUCAGAAAAAAAUGGGUCAGGCAAAAAGGAUGACAAAUCUGGAGGAAAUAAAAGUAAAGAAAAGGCCAUCGAAAAGGAGAAGAAAGGAAACAAGUUGAAAGAUGAUUCCAUUAGAGAAGAACCCGUAACACUAUCACAAGAAAAACCAUAUCUACAAAUUCCUGACUGGGAUCUGUCUAUAUCAAGUUUGAGAGAGGUCAUUUUGAGUGUCGAGGAAGUGGCAGUUGUAGAGGGGAAAUUGAAGGAGCUGAGCAUCCUAGUUGGAUACAUUACUUUUCCUCCACCAAAACAGUUCAAGAGGAACAGCUACAAUAUAGUGUAUGAAACACUGUGCGAGGCAGUUGACCAGAUAUGUGAUGUGUCGAAUAGUCUAUGCCAGAGUAUGGGUGUCCCUUUUCGAGAGUUCUGUCAGAAAGAUGAAUCUGGAAUUGGUGACAAGCUAGGAGAAUCAAAUAUAGCUGUUCCAAGUCAACCUGUUUCGCCAGCUCACCCUAAAGACAAAAAGGUGAAAGAUUCAAAGAAGGGAAAACUUCCAAAAGAUUCUGUCAGGGCUGGGAGCAGUAAAAACAAGAUUAUACCCCCUAGAAAGUCUAAGUCAUCCUUUGGUAAUAAAGAUUCGGAUACGAGCAAGCAGGCAACGUCUGAAAUUACCACUGGUGUUGAUCCAGUCACCAAGCAAAACUAUACUGACAACUUGCACUCAUCAGUGUACAAGAUGCUUGGUGCUGUGAUUGAUAGGAUUGAUAUGCUGCUGUCACAGAACUAAUCCAGAGCCAAUCAUUAUAAUGAUUACUUACUGUUAUGUCCAAACCUAUAAAAUGGCUAAUAUGAAAGUAUAUUUAUUGUACAGUUCUCUGUGUUUGCAGUAAUUGUUUCGUUUUUCUGUAAGCAAUAUUGGUAAUAAUGCUGUUGAGGUGACAGGAAAA